GUUUUGUCAUCUAGCUGCACAGUCCUUUGCUGGUGGUGUUAUUUUAACCGGUCGGGCUAGGCCAUGAUGCCUCUGUGCUGGGGCCGCCUUUCACUGACAACGGAAAACGCAAUUUCCCUUUUCCACAAGGUUGAGCGGAAUGAUUCAUCUCCUGCUCCUCUCAGCCCCACCUGCUCCUCUUUCUUUGGGGGAGGCAGGUCAAAUCCGGGUAUUUUAGCACCAUAAUGAGGACCUUGAGCAGAGAACGCACAUGCUCGUCCCCUGCAAAUCCCCUCUUGGAUCCUGAGCAAAAGAUGUUUGGCCAAUAUCAGGAACUAUUCUUCCUUUACAGUCACCGAGGGACACUGAGGAAGGACAGAGUGGAAGGAAUAAUCCUGUACCACCGAGACAGACAGCCCAAUUGUCUCUCCACGGGUCACAGCUUUGCAGGCAAUGAACAUGAAUGUGGCAACAGUUCCCAUGCUAGAGGCUGGCCCUACCAGGCCCUGGGCAAACAGCUCUGGCUCCCAGGAGAUUUCCCCAUCGCUGAGCUGUGAAACAGCCUAGAGGCUGUUUUUACUUUGUUUUCUGGACAGAAUUCCUGUUCCACACAUCCAUCGUCCUGAAUACUCCCAGUGUGCCAUAACCCCAUCCUCACCAUAUUCACCUGGGUUAGCUUUUUAUGAAGGGCAAGAGUGACAAUCCCAAUGUUUUGUCCUCUCUUUGCUAUCUCGCCGAAGAGAAACUGCAUCCAUUGUCUAGUAAAGGGGAAAGCUGGUACAGAAAUACAGGCAUUUCAGAGACUGGGGUUAAAGCACAUUUCUAAAGAGAAUACACCAAAACAAUUCAAGUGGAAGAGAUUUACUAAGCCCAACUCUAUUAAGCCAAAGGACUGUGGAUGGACACCAGAGUUGCCUCCGUCUUCCCAUCAAACACGUGCUAUAAGAGGUAGGGGAGGAUUUAGAUGCCCCAGCUUACAGAUACCUUCCUUCCUCUUCAAAGCUCCUGGGUCAAAAGGUCACCAGCCAUUGCUUUUACCUGGUAAAGUCUAACUUUCCUCUCAUACUCUGAUUACUGACUUCUUACACACACACACACACACACACAUACACCACCACCACAGAGGGACCUCAGGAAGACCCCUUUUUUACUGAAGGGUAAAGGGACACUUCUCUAUAUCAGCAUCUCAAGACUUGACAUUGGCCAUGGAGACACUAUUUAGAUGAAAUAAAUGUGGCUGCUCAUUGGCUGGGCUCUGUUGACCCAAUACUCUCUCCACAUCUGAGCUGAGUAGUAAACUACCACCGGUAAUAACUGGAUCCAUCAGAAUGAUGAAGGUGGUGAGGGUCUUCUCAGCUGGUGAGGCGAACCAUAGCCCAUGCAGACAGCUGACAAGCUCCAGCCCUCGGCAAAGCAGUCAAUUUGGUGAAAUCUGGGUUUGGGCACAACUGUGCACAGCAUGAGUGCUCUCAAGAUGGAUGGGCAAACUGAGCUGGAGAGAGCAGAUCCCGGGCUGCAGAUUCCCAUCCUCAUCCAGAGACAAGCUCCAUCUCAGAAAAGCCUUCGAGAGAUGGCAAAGGCUAAACUGAGGAGGAGCUGCUCCCUGACCCCGGCCAGGCUGAAGGAUGCUGUUCUGGGCUUCUUCCCUGUGAUAGUAUGGCUUCCUAAGUACCGCUUCAGAGAAUACAUUGUGGGUGACAUCAUGUCCGGCCUCGUCAUUGGGGUCAUCUUGGUCCCUCAAGCCAUUGCCUAUUCCCUGCUCGCAGGCCUCAAGCCCAUCUACAGCCUCUACACGUCCUUCUUCGCCAACAUCAUCUACUUCCUAAUGGGCACCUCCCGGCACGUGUCUGUGGGCAUCUUCAGCCUGCUCUGCCUCAUGGUGGGGCAAGUGGUAGACAGAGAAUUACAGCUGGCCGGGUUUGACCUGAAUGAAGACAUCUCCCCAGCCAGCAGAAACAGCAGCAACGAGACCUUCUCAGCUUCUGAUCUGCCCCUGGGGAACGUGGGUCCAGAAUGUGGGAAGGAAUGCUACGCAAUCAGCAUUGCCACCGCCUUGACUUUCCUGGCCGGAGUCUAUCAGGUUCUCAUGGGACUUUUCCGGCUUGGUUUUGUCUCCACGUACCUCUCACAACCUCUUCUGGAUGGGUUCGCCACAGGGGCCUCCUUAACAAUCUUAACCUCCCAAGUCAAAUACCUCUUUGGAAUAAAGAUCCCCCGUCAUCAGGGAUAUGGUAUGUUCCUCGUCACGUGGGUGAACAUGGUUCAAAACCUCCCCCAGGCAAACGUCUGCGAUGUCAUCACCAGCGCCAUCUGCUUAACGGUGCUGCUGGCAGCCAAGGAGCUGGCGGACAGGUACAAGAAGCAGAUGAAGAUUCCUCUACCCACUGAGCUCAUCGUCAUUGUCACUGCCACUCUGGUGUCUCACUUUGGGAAUCUUCACGAGCGCUAUGGCUCCAGCAUCUCUGGGGACAUUCCAACUGGGUUCAUUCCUCCCAAGGCGCCCAACUUUGGCUUGAUGCACCGUGUAGCCCUAGACGCUGUUCCCAUAGCUGUCAUUGGAUUUGCCUUCACAGUCUCACUGUCAGAGAUGUUUGCCAAGAACUAUGGCUAUACUAUCAAGGCCAACCAAGAGAUGUUUGCAGUUGGCUUCUGCAACAUAAUCCCCUCUUUCUUCCACUCCUUCACCACCAGUGCAGCCUUGGCUAAAAGCCUAGUCAAGACCUCCACAGGGUGCCACACCCAAGUGUCCAGCGUGGUCAGUGCCAUCGUGGUACUGUUGGUGCUACUAUUCCUGGCUCCAUUGUUCUACUCCUUACAGAAAUCCGUCCUGGCCUGCAUCAUCAUCGUCAGCUUGAAGGGGGCUCUAUGGAAGUUCAGAGAUGUGCCCAGGCAGUACCAGGUGAACAAAGUGGAUGCCUUGGUAUGGGGUAUCACCAUGGCCUCUUGUGCCCUCAUCAGCACUGAAAUCGGGCUGCUGGUGGGUGUCCUCUUCUCCGUGUUCUGUGUUGUGGGCCGCACACAGCACCCACGCGUGGCCUUGCUCGGCCAAAUUGAGAACACCAUUUUCUACGAGGACAGCAAACAAUAUGACAACCUUCUCCCUGUCCCCAAGAUAAAGAUAUUUCGCUUUGAAGCCCCUCUCUAUUAUGCAAACAAAGACUUCUUCCUAAAAUCCCUCUACAAGAUGACAGGCCUAAACCCCACAUUAGAAGCAGCAAAGAGGAAAAAGUGUGAGAGGGGGAAGCCUAUCAUGGAUGAGAGGCAUGUGGAAAGGGGAGCCAUUAGAGAAUUGGGCCAAGCCGAUGCAACCUGUCACCUGGUCCCUAAACAAAGUGAAUUUCACACCAUCAUCAUCGACUGCUCCUCAGUGCUAUUCCUAGACACUGCUGGCAUCAGCACACUUAAAAAUGUGCAGAAAGAUUACAGGGCCAUGAACAUUGCCAUUCUCCUCACAGGCUGUAACCCAUCCGUGAGAGACUCUCUGAAGAGAGGCGGCUACUUUGGCAAUGAUGACCCAAGCGUGAAGGAAUUACUGUUCCACAGCGUGCAUGGGGCAGUGCAGUUUGUCCGGGCCAGGGAGCAAAUGAUGGACUCCACGGUCUAGGGCUCAGACCCCUGAUGGCCCCUGUAAGGCAGCAAGGGAACACUCCCACACAGAGGCUCGGGAGGGGGGGAGGGGCAGAAUCCCUGCUUUGGAAGCAAACACUGUUAAGGGUUCGAAUCCCAGCUCUGUUACUCACAAGCUGAGUAGCCUUGCAUCAGCCCUUCCUAAGCCUCAGCUUGCUCUUAUGUAAAAUGAAGGAUUGAACUAGAUCAUUUCUCUGGUUCUUUCUAGCUCUCAAUCCUAGGAUCCUAGAAAGAUUACUUUUUUUUGGGGGGGGGAAUAUUCUAACCAUUAUUAGACAUCUGCUUUCUUUUAUCUAAAAAGAGAACAAUAGACUGAGGAGGUCUGUCAGCCCAGGGCUUUCCCUCAGGGGUUAGAGACACCAAGGAAGAGGAGGUGCUAAGGUCUCAAAAACUCCCUGUGUCAGCAGAAAGACACCACACCCAAGUGUGCCUUACAAAGUUACACUGUGCAUCUGCACCAGUCACUGUCUCAUCUGGGCCACCCCAGGUCCAGGCCUCUGCACACAGUAGGUGCUGAAUAAACACCUGUUUCUUAACAGGUACCUGUUGAAUGAA